GUCCGGGAAUUUGAUCACCGGCGUAGUGGCGUUCAGCCCAAUAUAAAUUCAAAUAAUGUGCGGUACAUUAUCAACCCUGGUUAGGGUUUGGUGUGUGUAUCCGGAGAUAAUCAGAUAAAAUUAGCAUCGAUUAUGGCGAUAUCCUCCGUAUCAGCUGACUUGAGAUGGAAAUUUUGUCCGGUACGCCGGUCGACAAUCACAUUGCCACCUUCAAUUUACUUUCUUCGUUCUAACUUUAUUCCUAAAUUUACUUCAAUUUUAUCUAACAUUACAACUCCUUUUCUCGAUUAUAAAUCGAUUUCAAAUUCUAGAUUGACAACCAGUUCAAGUCCCAAUACUAUUUCUUCAAUUUGCAAUCUUUUCAAUUACGAUGAUCAUCAAACUUAUUAUUGUUAUUAUUUUCGGAGAAUGCUGGCUUCUUCAUUAGUACUUUUAGCUGCUACGUUUAUGUCUUUAUUCUUUACCCAACAUCCUGCACUUGCUGUUUCUUAUGGUAGAAUGGGAUCAUCUUCUAGGUCUAGUUCUCGGUCGUCGAGUUCUAGUUCAUCAUCAAGGCCUUUUAGGACUAGUUCAUCCUCAUUCGCAAGUUGUAGAAGACGUCGUCGUCGCAACUAUUACCAAGAGAAUAGUAUAACCUGUACUAAUUGCAGUUGCUUUAAAGAAAAAAAGAGUGAGCUCGAUAGUAGUAGUAGUGAUGUUAAUAAUGGCACCAACUUAUUGACUUCUAAUAGUAAUCGCAAGGGCCACAGUCCUUGUAAAUGCACGUGCCACUCUGCCACAAUUCCUAAACCAGUCUGGGUUAUAAUAUGCAUAGUGUUUAUACUUUUUGUAAUCAAAGAGGGCAAGCAUCAAAAUUCUGAUUGCAAAACAGAGGUGGCGGACAUUAGAAUGGGAAGUGUGCUUAUGGUUCAGGUUGGGAUUCUAGACAAGAAGCGAGAAUUGCAAAGGAAGUUAAAUAGAAUUGCUGGAACUGCGGACACAUACACCAUAAAGGGUUUAAACAACCUUAAGAAAGAAGUGGUGAAAGCUCUACUUGAGCAUCAUGAUUCCUGCCAUUUUGCUUAUCUAUUUGCAAAAUACGAUGAUAUGGAAAAGUAUAGCAGACCAUGUUUCAGAGGAUUUCUAGAGACAGAGGUUGCAAAAUUUGACAAAGAAGAUGAGACAUUUGUGAAUGUCGAUGGUGUUAUAUGUAAAAAGGAUUUUGGAGGGAACGUUAUCAGCAUAGACAAUGAGUAUUCAGUGGUAACGUUGUUGGUGCUCGCUGAUGGCGAACACUGGAUUCCAUCAGUGAAGUGGCAUACACCAGUUGUGGACAAGCUGGACGUUAAAAUCGCACUGCAAAUGAUUCGUUUAAUCCGAAUGAGCAAUUUAGAGGCUCUUGAGGUGCUGUGGACCCCACAAACAGAGAAUGACAGUAUAUCGGAACAAGAACUUCGUAGAGAUUUCGGACUUCUAAUGAGACCUGUUAAGUUAAUUAAGAAAAGCCUACUCUCUUGGUUUUAAUAUGCCCUGUUAUUAUACAUAUGGUAAUUAGCAUUUUUAGGGUUUAUUAAGAAACCGUAUAGCGGAGUCUCUUGGUUUUAAUAUGCCCUGUUAUUAUAUAUGGUAAUUAGCAUUUUAAGGCAUCGUAAAUUAUCGCUGUAAAAUAAAAGGUGACUAAUGCCAUUUUUUCUCAAAAUCUGAAAGAAACUCAUUCAAUAAACUGCACU